UGGUAUGAAACCUGCGUAGUAAAACUUACGUAUACACAACUAUUUCAAGAAUAGGGGCCCUUGGCCAUAAAUUAUUAGACCUGUUACUUUCCGAGAUUAGUUUCAAAGUCUCCGCUACGAAUCGCCACCAUACCUACCGAAAAAUUGAGGUCGACUCAAUAACAAAUCAGACGGACCUUAUUUUUCGAAUAGUGCAACUCAACGACGAAUCAGGCAAAUCGUUUAAUUGAUCUAAACUAACCUAACCUAACCCAAAUAUAGUGCAUACUCUCGAAUCACAUGUGUUCUGGUACAUCAAUUUUAUUUUAUUAUUUAUUAUAAAUAAGAGAAUUAUUAAGUUCUAGGCAGAAAUAGCUAUCGACGAAGUAAUAUGUCCCGUUUAAUAGUGAAAAAUUUACCUAAAAGUAUCACAGAUACUAAAGUGAAGGAGUUAUUCAGUGAAAAAGGUAUUGUGACCGAUGUUCAGCUGAAGUAUACAAAAGAUGGAAAGUUUCGUAGAUUUGCAUUUGUUGGUUACAAGACAGAAGAGCAAGCACAUUUAGCGCAAUCCUAUUUUAAUCAAUCUUGUAUUGAUACUUGCAGGAUAUCUGUUGAACAAUGCACAAGUUUAGGUGAUUCCUCUAAACCGAGAGCAUGGAGCAAAUAUGCAACUGAUAAUUUACAUAACAAAGAUACUAAGACAUUCAAUGAUAAAUCAAAGAAAGCCUUAACAAAUUCUUCAGAACAUCCUAAUAUAAAAUCUGGCGAAACUAGUGAAAAAAAAGAAAAGAAAAAGGCAGAGAAAAAGGAUAAUGAAGAAGUCAGAAAAGCACUUGAGAAGCACAAGGAUGAUCCUUUAUUCAUGGAAUUCCUUGAAACACAUGGUGGCAACAAAAUAAAAGCGAUAUGGAGGAAUGAUAUUGAUGUGUCUGCAGAAGCCACUGGGAAAUCUAGUGAUAAUGAUGAUGAUGAUGAUGAUAAUGAUGAUGAUGAUGAUGAUAAUGAUGAUGAUGAUAAUUCUAAGAAUAAAGAAGACACAGUAGAGAGUGAAAAUAAGGAAGGAAAAGAAGAAGAAAAGAAAGAAAAUGGGAAGAUUGCAGAUAAAAUUAUGUCAGAUUUGGAGUAUAUGGAAGCAUUAAAGAAAAAACAGAAUGUAAAGUGUGAGGAGAAAUUACUAGUGCAAAAUGCAUCAAAUCAUGGUUCAUUAAAAUUAUUUACUGUAAAAAUGUCUGGACUUGGAUAUAAACAUAAGAAAAGGGAUGUUAAACUAUUCUUUCGCCCCUUGAAACCGAAAUCCAUACGAAUUCCACGUAAAGUUAAAGGUAUAGUCUAUUUGGGAUUCAAAACAGAGUCACAAAUGAAGAAGGCUCUUUUGAAGAACAAAAGUUUUUUAGAUGGCAAACAAAUAUUUGUGUCCAAGUAUGAGAAAAAAGAAGAAUUUAGUGAAAAUUCGGAUAAGAUUAAUAUUAAGUGGAAAAAACAAGAAGAGGCGUUAAAGAAUGAAGAGAGUAUAGCAGAAUCCGGGAGGAUAUUUCUCAGAAAUCUAACUUAUACAACUACAGAAGAUGACGUGAGAAAACUGUUUGAAAAAUAUGGUCCUUUGAGUGAAGUGAACUUACCUGUAGACAAAGUCACUAGAAAGCCAAAAGGAUUUGGUAUAGUAACUUUUCUCAUGCCGGAACAUGCUAUAAAAGCGUACACUGAAUUGGAUGGCUCUGUAUUAGACGGUAGAAUGUUGCAUCUUCUUCCCGGGAUGGCGAAAACAUCGUUGGAAGACAUUGAUUUAGAAAAUUUAACUUACAAACAAAAAAAGGAGUUGCAGAUUAAAGCGACCGCGAAUUCGUCGCAUAAUUGGAACACACUUUUCCUAGAACAAAACGCCGUAGUGAACACUAUUGCGGAUACCUACAAUAUCACAAAGGAGAAAGUAUUGGAAGAUGAAACAAAAGGGAUGAGCGCUGCAGUGAAAUUGGCUCUAGGAGAAACGCAAAUAAUUCAUGACACGAAAGCCUUCCUGGAGGAAAACGGCGUGUGCUUAGAUGCUUUUAACCAAGCGCCGCAGCAAAGAUCGCGUACUACAAUCUUGGUGAAGAAUUUACCAGCUCAAACAAAGUCAGACGACAUCCGAGAGAUGUUCGCCAAGCACGGGGAACUUGGGCGCGUUGUAUUGCCACCGUCAGGCAUAACAGCACUGGUAGAAUUUCUGGAGCCAUCCGAGGCACGUAAGGCUUUCACGAGAUUAGCUUACACGAAGUACAAAUAUUUGCCGUUAUAUCUGGAAUGGGCGCCAGAUAACAGUUUUACCGCGCCCGCAUCCAAACGUAACGCGUCCAAAGGCAAAGUGACGGGAUCAAGUGUCUCGGAAGAAACUAAAGAAGAAGCGGCAACGCAAAAGUCGAGAGAAAACGUAAAUAAUUCAAAUAAGAAAGCCGCUGCGGACGAGGACGACGAGGAGCCCGAGCCGGAUACCACGCUUUUUGUGAAGAAUAUCAACUUCUCCACCACGACUGAACAGUUGAAGAGUUACUUCGCUAAAUGCGGUCGCCUCCAUUAUGUCACGAUUGCUACUAAGAAGGAUCCGAAGAAUCCGAGUAACAACUUACCUAUGGGAUACGGAUUUGUGCGAUAUAAGAGAAAGCACGACGCGGAUCGUGCAUUGAAGACGCUGCAGAUGACAGUACUCGACGGCAAGUCGCUGGAGUUAAAGCGAUCCGAGAGAAUAUUGACGUCCGAUGUCAAAACGGCGAGAAAGAAAUCUAAGAUCACCGAGCAGACCGGAACCAAGAUCCUGGUGCGAAACGUACCCUUCCAGGCAACCAUUCAGGAAAUAACGGAACUAUUCAAAGCGUUUGGUCAGUUGAAGGCCGCACGAUUACCGAAAAAGUUGAUCGGCGUCAAGAAGCACAGAGGCUUCGCCUUCAUCGAAUAUUACACGAAGGAAGACGCAAAAAGAGCGUUUACAAGUCUGUGUCAGAGCACUCACUUGUACGGCCGACGAUUGGUGCUCGAGUGGGCCCAGGCAGAGGAGGACAUUGAAGAAAUCAGAAAACGUACUGCGAAACGUUUCUUUCAAGAGAAUUCAGCGAAGAGAUUUAAGAAGUCUACAUUGGAUCCUGAAAGCGUCGGCUUGGAAGAAGAUGCGUGAAGCAUGAGGAAUGCCAAGCAAUUUCCUUUGCAAUUCGAUCACGCAUCGGGGAAUACAGAAGCAUUUCUCGACGCAUACGAAUGUCAGAGACAUCAUCGGACAAUCAUUCUCGAGUCGACGACACCUUACAAUCCGAGCACGCGCCGAUUUUCAUUUCUUUUCACGUAGACGGCGAUUCAAGUCAGCCGAUCGAAAGUCCCAGGAAUUUCUGUCGCGCGUGAUAUUGACCUUCGUAUCACGUCCACGUCGCGUCUGUUCUCACUUUUCCAAACAACGAUCGAUGUGACGCGACAUGUGAUGUGACAUCGGAGAGUCAUUUCAACGUUCAAGGAUAUAGUCUUUUAAAAUAGUAUGUAAUAUAUGUAUAUAAAUUUGAUGUUGAGAAUGGAGUUUAACGGAGAACUAUAUACAAAUACAUUUGUAAUGCGACAGAAA